ACCCAUACUGUUCGCACCUAUCGAUACCACCGAAAUUCAAACACAACUCUUUCACUCCACCACACCACUAACCUAAUCGCUUGCAAACGCAAUAACCAUCACUUGUGUGAGCUAGCGCCAUUCAUCCACGUAAAGAGGAUCUGCUGCUUGCGUGAGAGCUUGAGCCCAUCCCCCUUCGCUACCACGACCACGACCACCAUAGAGGUUCAACUCGCUUCACUGGCCAAAUAAUUGCAGCUCCACCCCACUGCUCUCUCCUGUUUGCACAUAGCGAAUUCCUACCUCUCCUUCCACGAAGAGCAUUCCAUGAUGGGAUCCUCCAAUUCCUCACUCUUCCAGCCGCGCCGUGCGACUACGUGCGCCUCUUCUCAAGAAGCUCACGAGGUCACAGUUACCACGGCCAACGAUCACAGUAUCAAUGGCUCUCUACGACGAAGCAACAAAUCCAGUGUGACGGAAACUGGUGCUUCAAAGUCCCCCUUUACAAUAUCCCCACCGAUGCUCCCGGUUGUGUAUAUCGGUAAUGAUCUUGAUAUACAAGCCGCGGUCAUGACGGCUGCCGAUACAUACUCCUCGAAAUCGGGCAGCUCUUACACUUCUCCGGAGUCGAUUAUCGGCGCUCGAGAUGCCUCCGACAUGUUGGCGACGAUAGUAUCCGCUUCUCCUGCCGCUCGCACAACCAGGUCGACAUCACGAGCGGAAACGGCUCUUUCUGCUCUACUCACGUCGAAUGAGUCCAAGCACCAACUUGAAGUCCGAAAAAACCGUAUUCAAGCAAAGGAAGCACAAGAUCGGUUUUCCAGCGUGCUUGAUAAUGAAAGAGGCACUGUUCGCCAGAACGAACGUCUCGCCUCCACCUUGCAAGCCGACUUCGAUAAACUCCAAGAGCAAUCGAGGCAGAAAGACACUCGGAUCGUUGAAUUGGAAGCCAAGCUCAACGAGCGCGUGCCUAAAGACAAUUUGCUGGAAAAGGACAAGAAAAUUGCAGCUCUCGAAGCUAGCAAUAUCGAUCUGGCGACCACCCUCAACAACGCCGUAGCAGACAAGAAUGUCCAAAUCGAGGAGCUCAAAGAUACGCUCCGCAGCAAGACCAUGUCGGAAGUUACCCUGCGAGGAGUGAUCGAAGACCACAAGCAGCAGCUGGAGAGUCAACAGCAGCGAUCCGCACAGCAGCUCCAGUACAACGCUGCCUGGUUCGAAGGCUUACACAAGGUUAUCGAGGACCAACACCAAGAGCUAGAAAUGCAGAAACAGGAGCUUGAUGGCCUACGGGAGUUCAGCGACAGACUCAGGGAGUCUAUGAUCAAGGAGCUUGCUGAGCGGGAUGCUCAAACCGAAUCACUCUCAGGCACAGUCAGGGAAUGGUAUCGGCAGCACCAGGCCGAGCUGAGCAGACGUAUUGCAGAGUUGGCCAACGUGACGGCGCAGCUCAAGACGGCGCAGGAGGCCAACAAAGAGCUGGAAGUGGUGGUCCGGUCUCAUCCCGCGUCUAUCUUACACCAGAUUCGACGUCGCGGCCACUGCACGUUGCGCCAGCUCCAAGUCCGACCUUCAGUCUCGCGUAGUCUCCGAGACUACAAGCGCGGAAUUUCGAGACUGAUGCUCCAGCAGCGUCCAGAAGUUCACCAAGGGAUGUGUUAUUUGCGGGAUGAUGGUCAAUUGGGUGCCGGUACAUGGGAGACACAGUGGAUGGGGGACUAUUUCGAGCAUCCAGGGUCUCAGCCAGCUUCCCCUUGCCUUGCUGCUCUCAUUCAUGCUGCCUCGACUUCUACUUUCGUAUCAGCAAGGACGACUGGGUCUACAAUAUCCCUCGAAUCUGCUGAAGGGGUUGCUGUACCUGAAACUGCGGAAUCAGACCCUUCUUUCGUCUUCCCCUUCAUAUGAGCCUUAGUGCGGAUUGCUGAAGAUGGUGAAGAGUCGAGAUAAAUGCAUCUGGCUUUCUUGUAAGAUGCUUAUAUUAUGAAUAUCAGGCGGAUGGUAUUAUUUCGGGUUUUGAUACAUUGUGUUGUGGCGGAGAUUGAUACUAAGACACAUUCUUGUAUACAGAGUCAGCUUGAAAGGGAAAAAAAUCACAACUCAUGUAUCAAAUCCCCAAAAUGUUCUAUGAGCACUGUGCCUCAAAGCAUCGUCUGAAAAGCACCGGUGGCUCUUCAAAAAGACACAUAUCCGGCUCCAUGGGUUGUUCAACGCAUUCUACUUUUUCAUCUCUGUCAUGUCCACACAAUUUGAGACGGAAGAAAUAGAAUAUCACAACCAAGCAUUCAAAUAAUUCUAGACAAUAUCAUGCCGUCAAUCUAUCACUCUCAUGUCCAAUGUCGACAGCUCACCAACGUGCACUACUCCAAACCGCCAACAACCGAUACAACGCAAAGAACAACACCCAUCACCAACGGAAUCACCCACCACGUUUCCCCACCAACCAUUCAAACGCAGGAUAAACGUGACAGUUAUUAGGCCGCAACAUUAUAGUGAUGAACAGCCUGGACGCGUGUUAUCUACACCAUGAAUAAAAUCAAACACGUGCUACAGUGCAUCCUAGAGUUCCCAAACUUCAAUUCCGCCAGCGUAUAGCGAUAUCAGACCGCAAUCUAUACACAUAUCGCCUCCACACGGCAUAUAACUGGAAAACCGUCUAGAUCAACGUCGAGCUCUCCCACCAUAACAUAUCAUUACCCUUGCAAUACCUCCAAAUAUACACCUAUUCACCGCACCUUCUUCAAUCACGAUUAGACUUUCAAUUCCACUUACAAUACCACAAUGCCAAAUGAGAGAACCUCAGAACCCACCAGCCCAGCAGACCCUCAACCCCUCCCCAAACGACCUAAAAACCUAACCCCUC